AAGCAGUAGCGCUGAAGAGAGUCGGAGGCGAGAGAGACAGGAGGAUGUUAAGCAGUUGCUGACCCCUCUUUGUGGUAGAGGCCAGCGAUGCGAGGCUUCCACUCCAAGCUGGAUGCGUCGUCGCUGGGCAUGGCGGUGCCGCUGAACCUGGCCGUGGAGACUGAAAAAGCUCAGGCUCUGCUCCAGACAUUCAGCACAGCCUCCCUCCUGGCCAGCGCAGGCCUUGGAGUCUUCUGCUUUCUGGCUGACCAUAUACUGACCUCCCCAUUCAUCCAGCACCAUGUGUGGCUCAGGGCUGUGCUGGAUAACUCUGUGCAUGGUGUGAUUGGACUGUGGUCCUGGGCCAUUGUCAUUGGGCUGAGGAAGAAAAGUGACUUCUAUGAAGUCGUAUUAGCAGGCUUCCUCGCCUCCAUCAUUGACCUGGACCACUUCUACAUGGCCGGAUCGCUGUCUCUCAAAGCUGCUUUGAAUCUGCCCCAGCGGCCACCACUGCACUGUUCCACGGUCAUCCCAGCACUCUGCUUCUCCCUGCGCUUGCUGAUGUGGGCCUGUCGCCUGAAGGAUUCUUGGUGCUCUCUGCCCUGGAUGCUCUUCAUCUCGCUGGCAUCCCACCACAUCCGGGAUGGCGUACGCCACGGCCUGUGGCUCUGUCCCUUCGGCAACACAGCGCCCAUCUCCUACUGGCUGUACAUCACCAUCACCGCCACUCUGCCACACCUCUGUUCUGUACUCAUGUAUCUCACCGGAACCAGAGACAUGAUCUCCACCAAACAUGGCGUGGCCAUUGAUGUCUGAGGGGAGCCUUUAACCUACGUGGGCUUGUACGAUGUCUGGGUCUUUUUCUUAUCUUCUCCAAGGAAACUCCUGCGCUGGAAUGAUCUGUGCCUGCCGACACCUGGUGUGACUUUUUGGUCUUCUUUAUAGGUCAUCAUUGCCUCACUUCCAUUUGCAGUGGGUUCUUUCCUUGUCCCUUGUAUGUAUGGUCAUUUUAACUAGCUGGUCAGGUUCUUUGCUAUCAGGUUUUAUCAACUUCCCUUAUUGGACUUUUAAACUAUUUUUAACUGUAAGAGAGACUGAACAAGCUGUUGCGCUUGGAAGGAUUUUUUUGCCUUGUGGUCACAUUGAACAUGUUGGUGCAUUUUGCCCUUAAUGGCUUUUUUUCCUGUGUACUUUUUUUGGCUGUAUUUGCCAGAUGUGUUUCAAGCAUCCACUCACUCACCAGAGGAAUAUCGGUCACUCUGUCUGCACAGACAGCCUGAGCUGUAGGUCAAGUCUCACCAAAGUCCAGAGAUACUGUACAUCAUUGAAUUUUGACGUCAAGACCCAGUGGCAGCUUGGCUAGCUGUGUUCAGUCAGCAUGGUGUUUUGCUGAAUAUUAUAUACAGGGGAGCUCAGGGCGCUAAAUUAUUAAUCCUCGAACUUAGUUCUGUGCGAAACGGCGGCUUUGCUAGUGAAUGUGUCCAUAAUGUGUAUACUCAUAGUCGGUGUCAUACUUAUUAAUAAUAGUGGUCUAAACUUCUGACCUAAUUUAAUUUGAAUGUGAUUCCCUAGGAAAGGAUUCAGUACAUCCUGAAAUUUAAAUUUAACCAUGAUCUGAUUACUUUAGUCUAAAUCAGAAUUUACUUAAACGCUACCAGUCAAGAGUUGGACACAUCUGCUCAUAGAAGCGUUUUCCUUAUUUUUUUUUUUUUUUUUUUUUUUCUUUUUCAAAACUGAAAUAGCACAUGGAAUUAUGUAGAGAUAAAUUGUUGAAAAAAUGCACACACUUUCACAUUCUCUCAAGCAGCAUCACAAAGAGCCACCUGAAAUGUGUUUCUGUUAGGAAUUAAGAAGAUACACAUGGUUAUUUUAUCAGGUGCACCUACCUUGAAUCUACACUCUUUGUCCAUCUUUGUAAUUUUGGGGGCAGUCGUGGGCUGGAGGUUAGGGAACCAGCCUCGUGACCGGAAGGUCGCCGGUUCGACCAGAGCCAAGAGC